UCCCGCAUCGUUGUCCCCCCCAACUUAAUCUCCGAGUACGAGGUCAACUUUUACUACCACGGCAUCUCGAGUAACCCUCCCAAGCUCUUAUGGCGUUCCGAUCUCGAGUCCAACCCCUUCCCUUUUCCCCCUGUUGGCACCGACUUUCACAAGAUCCCCAAGAAGAGUCCCCGACCCGUCUUCAACACACCGCUUAACCCCAUGUGGGACACCGUCGCUCCUCAGAUCCUGGAGUCGAUAAAGGCCCGAGGCCUCCUGUACUCCGCGCUGAAGACGGCUAAGUUCUUAAUCGUCGCAGACGGCGAGGAGAGAACUGGUCCUAUUGUCAUCUGGAUUGCCGUCCGUCCCAACACCACCAACGCUGGAGCCGUUCGUGAUGCCACUCCGGACAUUCUCGACGUCCUCACUCGCGCCCAGAUCACCGGUGUCGUCGUGGAGUGGUAUGAGGGGUCGGUCGUUCGCCUAGGUGCUCGGCUACCUCCAAAAGUUUUCUCUCUCGCGCCAUUUGGCGUCCACUGCCCGAUCACUCCCGUAGGUGUGCCCAUCGCCAGGGAGUCCGACGACGCUCAGGGUACCCUCACGUUCAUGUUCAAAGAGGUGAAGACCAAGACAGGCGAACCCAGCAACAGGAUUCUUGCCCUCACCAACAAACACGUCGCUUCCUUCGACAUCACUACUGAUUACGAGCUCGACGAGGCUGACCGUCAACACAUCCGAGUCUAUAGCAAUCGUCAACUCGAUCGUGCUAUCACCAAGAUCCGGGACAACAUCGCCAGAGUCGCUCGCGAACUGGCGAACACACCACAGGAUGAUAUGUCAGUUCUGGUAUCGGAAAUGGCUGCUCUCCAGCUCAGACUUAACGCGGUCGACGCCGAAUUGAAAAACACCAACGGUCGGAGGUUCAGUGUCGUUGACUGGGCUCCCCAAAUCUCCGUCAGGGUCGACGACCGCCACUACACUCGCGACAUCGCCACGCUUGCAGUCCAUGACAACCGGUACGGAUUGGACAGUUCGAACAACCAAAUUAACUUCAACGAAUUAGGCCCACAAUAUACCGCUGCUGAGCUCACUGAUACCUUCUGGCCUCUCGCUUCCGUUCGUAAGGGCAGAAGUAUUCACCCCUGGCUCCACAUCCGUGGUGCUCUUCCUCAUGAACGUGUCAUCAAUCCCGAUACGGAGGACGAGAACGGCGAACCCCUCUGUAUCGUUGCCAAGUACGGCAGCGCGACAAGGCUUACAUUUGGUCGGUACUCAGAAAUGGGUGCCUGUAUUCGUACCGACUUCGGAGAGUCCAGGGAGGUCGUCGUGUAUAACUACACCGAGAAACCGGAUAACUUUGCGGACCGUGGAGAUUCGGGUGCACUUAUUUUCACGGGCGAGGGAGACGCGCUUGCCAUCUUGCACGCGGGCAUGGAUGAAACACGUCAUGCUACCUACGGUACACCCAUCUGGUGGGUUAUCGAGCAGAUCCUCAUCAAGUAUCCCGACGCCGAGUUCUUCAAUCCCGAAUAUUACAAACCCAAACCCUCUACCCCUGUAUAUCGUGAGGCUGCCAGGGAUCCUGAUGACUUCAUCAAUGAAGGAGCAGAGAUCAGACCCCGAAGCGGCUUAGUCACUGGCGUCUUCUAUCGCGUCCCCACUCAGAAUGCCAGCUCAAAAACCCUUUUCCGUGAACUCCUCUUAAACCCUACAUGGGCUAAAAUCACCUUCACACGACACCCUAUCCUCUGCAAGUCAUCCGCCAAAUAUGGAAUGUUUUUCGUCGAGUUCAAGUCUAGUAAGAUUUUCGUGUCAGGCACCUCCGAGCCCUUUGUACAUUUACCCAAUCUCGUUUGCCUUAAUGAUAAGCUAUGCCACUGGGUCCUCAUCGACGCCAUCGACGACUAG